AUGGACUUAGUGCCACAGCCCAACCAUUCAAAGCCAGACCCGGUGAACGUUCCUCUCCUAGUUGAUAUGCCGUACGAGAUAUCACAGCCCGGCAAUCUUGAGAAACGUCUCUUAGAAGCCGAGAAGAAGCUUCCCACCUUUUCAUCCGCGAAGGAAAUUGCCUUUUAUAUUCAGUCGCGGUUUUUCUUCGGACUAUUGGCCAAUUACCUAGACGAGGAGAUUCAAGUCAACAGUUUUGCAAAGGAAAUCAAAGGCCACCAGUUCGUCUGUCUUGAUAUGGUCGCUAAUAGCAUUUAUGGUGACUAUGAACGGUACCAUCUGCGCUGCUGUUUUCGCCGGAGUGAACAAGUCUUAGCACGCACAAGGUUACAAGUUUUGAAGCUGGAGGGUCUUCCCAAUGGAAAUUGCAGCCCUGUGCCAGAGGUCGCUUUGUCUACACUGGUUCUUUGCGAUGCUUUACUUGCUCUGAUUAUUGAUGAUCAAGAAAGACAAUGGUACCCCAGAAACACCGGAAGGGAAUUGAUUUACAACAAUCCUUUACAGAAACCCUAUCAACAUAAGAAGUGGCCAUGGGUUGCUUCAUUGGAAAAUGUGAGCAACAAGUCAAACAUAAAGGAUGGGGUACAGGGUUCACUACUCCUCAUCAUCGACCGUCUUGAAAAAAACGGGUGGUGUCCUUCGACUAUCCAGGCCACUGCGAGAAGCGUUGGGUAUUUGACCCUCUACUACAUGUCCCAGAUAAAUCGUACUCGUGUUCCCAAGCUAGACCAUGGAUCCUGCACCGAUUUAAUAUGUAUGGCGGCAAAGAAUUGUGUGGAGGGUCCACAAACCCCUCCGCAAUGCAGCAAUCCGGCAAAAUGUUGUUCACUAAAGGAAGAUGAAAUUAUAUUUAAUCCACAACACACAUCACACAAGAACGAAAGUUGCUCCAAGGUGGCUCCUCCAAUUCAAGAUGUGAUAGACAUCCUUAAGGAUGGGAAAAUUCCGCUUGUCAAAUUCGAGAAAAAUGAACAUGAUGGCCAUGCGAAAUUGAAAAUUGUUCCCGCAAGAGUGGAUAGCAGAUACGUUGCUGUCUCUCACGUCUGGUCCGACGGCCUAGGAAACUCUCACGACAAUAGCAUCUGGCAGUGCCAGCUAGAUUCGAUUAUUGAAAGCAUUUCCAAUCUUCCGAAUCAUCGUGGGGAGACAAUGUCACAUUUGGCUUUUAAUAGACGGGAAACCCUGUCACCAUGGAGUAUACCAGGUAUUUACUCCAGGAAUGAGCCUUAUGAUCUAUUUUGGCUGGAUAUUCUCUGUAUCCCAGCUAAGCAUGCGCUAUGUGGUCUUGUUGACAUCCCUGAAGAUCUUCGGUCUACCACAGUCAGCCAAAUCUCGGCCGUCUUCGCAGGUGCGAUGCAAGUCAUGAUACUAGAUAGAGAAAUGCAGCGUCUGAGGCGUGACACAUGUCAGAUGCCAGAGAUUCUAGCUCUAUUUCAAGGCUGCAACUGGGCAAGUAGGGCUUGGACCUACAAAGAGGGUCAGGGCUCACUAUGCUACGUGAAACUUCAGAAUGGAUUCUUCAAUCCUCGAGAUAUAGUCCUUGAUUCGAGAGAUUGGAGCCAAUUUAUCCGUCGAGAUGGACGUACUCUGCAGAAAAUAGUAUCUGCCUCAGUAAUUGAUCCUUAUUCAGAGACAACGUUUUCGGGGAUGAUUGAGCGAUGGCUCUGCCACGACUUACAGCGCCUGAUUCACCAAUCCUGGUUCUUUCCGCUACACUGGGAUGAUUUGCCGGAAGCUUCUGUCGGGUCUUCAAUUCAGAGAACUAUAAAUCAGCUAUACGACAAGCCAGAUCUCCAUCCGCCAGCUUUCUUCGCAAGCUCUAAGCCUUUUAUAUCGGUCUGGAAUGAGUUACUUCGGCGAUCAUGCUCAAAUGACAAGGACCGGAUGUAUAUACUUGCAAUGUCUUUACAGAUGUCGCCAGAUGACGUCUUUAAGAUUGAUUCUGAUGAGAGAUUGAAGGCUAUACUUUGGAGCUUUUCUGAUGUUCCGUUAUCGCUACUCUUCGAUCCCUGCAAAAAGAAUCUUUCCACUGGCUCUUUCAUUCAAAAUGGACCAGACAAGUGGAUCCAAAGAAGUGCUAAAGACUUCGAUUCUGGUCCUAUCUAUCCUCUGAAACCGGAAUUUCGUGGUAAAUUAUCCCCCAGUAAAGAUCAAAUAACUUUUGAGCUCCCUGUGGGGCAGCAGAACCCAGCUGUGAUGGUGAUUCCACAUAUACAGGCACAAACCCAGUGGCUGAGAGUGGUUCAUAAUAAAGAGGUAUGGAUUAUUCGCAUCCAUUCUGCCCCAUCUCAUAAAACGAGUGGACAAGCCAUUUUAAUUAUUGAUACUCAUACUCUCACGUGGGAGAAUGACAAGCCGGCACCAGGGAAUCCAAAGUUGGAUGGUAAAUGGUUUGCAGGAUGUUGCCUUGAAGUCAACCAAGCUCCCAACGAAGAGCCCAAUCAUAGGCGUUGGUUCUCUAGCAGGCAGCUCCCAAAGAAGAUCCAUGCGACAUACUUAUCUUCUAUCUCAGUGUCGCAACCUGGAAAGGCCAAUGAUGAAAGAAUAAGAGAGCUUUGCUCCCAGUUGCCAGUGAUAUCGGUGUCUACUAUGGAUAUCAAUAGCGACAGGGAUUUGGAUUGGUCAAAGAUUAUCUUACUUUGCGUAUCUUAG